AUCAUUUUUAUUUUAACUUUGAAAGAGUUUCGACAGAAAAUUUAAAAAAAAUAUUGCUUAAUAAAAAUUCAAAAUUUAAAGAUGUCAAUCCAAAUAUCUAAAACAUUUAGACCAAUCACGUAUAUUUCGCUUUGGAGAUCAUCGGUAUUUAAGCGCUUUGCAUCAAGCGGGAAGUGCGCUAUUCAUGACGAUCCUAAAUGUUCAAAGGAAACACUGAAAAAGCAAAAACCUUGUCCUUCGAAAAUUCGUCGGUUGGAAUCAAAAGAAGAACUGCCUAAGACAAAUUCCAUGUGGGAGAAUCCAGAAUGUUGUAAAGAUCCCUGUCCAGACUAUUACCCAAGGUUUGAUGAGCUAUACUAUGAAAGCAGUGACAAACUGAAGCGACUAUAUCAACAGACUUGGGUAUCUUGCCCGGAACUGCAAAUCAAACCCAAAAAAAUUUGCGCUCACGAAUAUCUGAAAUUCCCACCAAUGGAAAAAAGGUCUCGCAAGAAAAGACCACAGACGGCAUGCCCAGUGGGUGGUUCCAGAAUUUGUAUGGACAACAGAAGUCGAAAAUGUCCAAGGGUCAUGAUGUCUGGUUGUCAUGGAGCUCGGCAACCACCUAAAUGUAAAAGAGAACGUUCACCCAGUGAUUGUUUAAAAGAGUGCACGCCCUACCCAAGCUACUCAGAAUGUUUGCGAAAAGAACUUGAUCCACUGCAUCCUAUUGAAUGCAAAUGCUUGGAUCACCCAAGUAUGUGUGAAGUGUGGGCUGAAAUGAGACGUCGAAUGACAUUUGUAAAAGGUUGACAAGAAUGCUGUUUUCAAAAUUACAUUUUUAUUAUUCUUUUGUAAAAGUUUAUUUCUUAUAUCUAAAAUAUUGAUAACAAAAAUUGUAAAACUGUGUUCUAUACUAAAUAUCUGUAUCAUAGAAUAAAAUAUACAUACAUAGAAGCGUUAA